CGUUAUACUACUAUCUUCUCAUCCGGAUGUAUUUCCGCUUCAACCAAAGCUGCAAGAGCGUUGGCUGUGCCUGUUUUUUCACUGCUCACGUAGUAUGUAUAGCGCGAAGGUGCGAGGGACCACGGAGCGCCUGGAGAUGCUCAGUGUUAUGUACAAAGAUGACAAGAUGACUCUGCAGCUAGUUGCGAAGGUAGCCAGUAUGCGGGCUUUCCUGGCUAACAGCGCUGAGCACUCUGUCCUGCUGGAGGGCAUAGACGCGAUAUUGGAGCUGCUCUUGGAGAGCAGCCUUAAUCAUCAAGAAUUGCGUAGACUGCAAGAGGCUAACGAGGUGAAGUUGGCAGAAAUGGCGGAGCUUCUUGCAACCGACAGGAGCAAGUUGGCAAAAAUGGCGGAGCUUCUUGCAACCGAUAGGAGCAGGUUGGCAGCCCGCCAGGUCCUCCACAACUUCAACGAGAAGGUCCUUCGCAAGCUGAUAGAGAUGUCCAAACUGCCCGAGAAGGUCUUCUGGGGUCGUUUCAAGGUUAGCAACUUCGGUGCAAUCGAGAGGCAUCCAGACCUGAUGGCCCACUGGCCUUCACUCCUCAAGGUUCUGGACCUGCCACAGCACCGCACGCCACGGGAUCUCUGGGAGGAACUGAAAUUCGGGAAGACCGGCCUAGACGAGUACGUGCACGUGGGCAGCUAUGACGCGCUGCCUUAUGACCAGCUCAAGGCACAGGCGGACACCAUCUUCAGCGGGAAUUUGGAGAAGGGCAAGGAGACAUUCCUGGAAUUCCUGGAUCAUUCUGUAAAGCUAGGCGGGGACCUGUACGUGUAGCGGAAAUGGUAGAAUUAAUUAGGAUGGCUGGCUUAUGUGCAAGGAUUACAGUCUGACUGUGACGUAGCCACCUGGGCGGGUGGGGAGGAAGAGAGGACAGGGAAGUGGGAGAAUGGGGAGGAGGAGAAGGAGGAGGAAGAAGGCGCCACCAUUUGAGAAGAUGGUAACGUAGGUGAGGAACAGGAGAGACUCAGGAGGGUUGUCACGCCCGUUGCUGUAGCAACGGACACAUGUUAGGGCGUGGCAGGGGCUGGGGAAGAUGUUUGUGGCACCGGCCACGGCCAGCAGGCCAAGAUGACAUGACAAGCAUAACGGAGAGGUGUUAGGUUUGGGUGGGAGCACGACCACAAAGGAAAUUUAAUAUACGGCUCCGUAGGUCGUUAGGGUUUGACUCCGGCAUUUUCAGUCAGCUUCAUGGACUUCCAUGGGGGCUGCUUACCUUACAUUGCGUUGGCAGAAAGUGAUGCAGCAAGGGGUUGAUGGGGUGUGAGAAGGAGGUAUAGCAGACCACAGCAGCAUUGUUGUUUGCCAAUACUGGCACAAGCAAAGCAGCACCUUCUUUAGCACUGGCGCAAUACACAAUGUACCCUAUUGUUGGUGUGCCCUUUUAUGCAUUUAGCUACUGUGCUAGCAAUGGUGCAAUACCACACACCGCUGCCGUCGGGGGCUUUUCGUGCCGUGCAGGGGCUGUCUAUGCCAUGUGGGGCCUGUCCGUGCUGUGCGGGGACUAUCCGGUCUGUGCGAGGGCUUCCUGUGCCAUGCAGGGGCUGUCCAUGCAGUGUGGGGGCUGACCGUGCCGGCUACACAUUUAGACGCACAGCUCGUGCUGUCUUUGCGUAUCUGGACACUAUGUUGAGCAAAACGGCUCAACAAGCUGUACUACUUGGCGUUCAAGAAGCGUAACAUUUACCCCCGGUUCGCCAACAGCAUAUACCAAAGCCGAUGCCGUGAUUGGAAGGAUCUAUAUGAAAACUUAGUGCAUUUCCCGCUGGCAAGUGCAUGGUACAUAAAUACGGUAGCAACACGGGACCCCUGUAGUGGCUGGAGCGGAGGGGCUACUGGCUGCUGUCCUGGCAGCAGCAGCAGGAACAGCCAUACUGCAGGGGGCAACGGCAGGAGCAAUAACGCCGCUAGUGGUCCAGGAGGUAGCAGCAGCAACCAGAAGCGCAAGAAGCGGCGUCGGAGUUGGCUCGUAGUAGUAGCCCGAAUGCAGUCAGUCGCCGCUGCACAGGCAUGUGCGUAAUGCUAAUGGAACUAUGGAAGGUGUCAAGGGUCCCACGGGGCGUCAAGCCUCAAGCUCGUCACUGGUUCACAAAGGAAGUCGAGGAUCCGUGGGGCUCCCACGGGGCAAGGUGCAACCGGGGCAAGGUGCUAUUAGUGUAAAACGGAAGCAUGUUCGGGCAGAUAGAAGUGACGGGGCGGUGUAGAACUACAGCGAUGCAUGUGGAUUAGAGAUGUAUGAGGUGACCCUUACUUGGCCCUUGUGUAUGGCCCUUAAGCCGCGAACAGCCUCUACGCAAGCCAUAAACACGAC